UCCUGUGUGCUGAGAUCUCAAUCAGAAGUCAAUUCGAUUCGGUUUUACCGCCUCUCCUCUGCGAGUAGGACGGGCUUAUCACGGCUAUACACAACUGUUUCAGUGACUGAACGAUGGCAGUGAACCUAAGCAAAAACGGCAUUGCCCUGACAAAUGCCUACAAAGAGGUGGUAGAUGAGAAAUGCAACACCAAUUGGGCAUUGUACACCUAUGAGGGGAACACUAAUGAUAUCCGAUUGGCAGAGAAGGGAGAUGGUGGACUGGAGGAACUGGUGGAGGAACUUAGCAGCGGGAAAAUUAUGUACGCGUUCUGUCGUGUCCAGGACCCAAACUCUGGCCUGUGCAAAUACGUCCUCAUCAACUGGACUGGAGAAGGUGUGAAAGAUGCCAGGAAAGGACUAUGUGCCAAUCAUGUCAGCUCCAUGGCAAAUUUUCUCAAGGGCGCACAUGUCACAAUAAAUGCCCGUGCAGAGGAGGAUGUGGAACCUGAGGCUAUUAUGCAAAAGGUGGGCAAGGCCUCGGGGGCCAACUAUAGCUUCCACAAAGAGUCCAACAAGUUCCGAGACGCUGGUCCCCAGGGGCCUGUGGGCUCUGUGUAUCAGAAGACCAACGCUAUGUCUGAAAUCAAGCGCACCAAUAAAGACAACUUCUGGGCGCAGACAGAGAAAGAUGAGGAGAAGCGGCGACAGGAGGAGCGCUGCAAGGCAGACGAGGAGCGCCAGAAGCUGGAGAAAGACAGGAAGGAUCGAGAGGCCAAGGAGGCAACUCUCAGAGAGAAGAGAGACAAGGAAAGGGCCUCUAUGAUCGACCAGCAGAAGAAGUACCAGCAGCAGCAGGAAGCUGAGAGCAGAGAAGAUGAGAAACAACAAUGGGAGGAACAGGAGAAGGACUUCCAGGCAACUCAGAAGAAAGGGAUGAAGCGUGGUGAAUCUGUGGAGAAAGCCAAUGAGGCAGCCUCUCUGAUCUCCCAGCGCUCUAUGAACCCCAGAGAGAUGUUCAAGCAGAGAGAGAAGGGCAUGGACACCCCUGCUGAUGCUGCCCACGCCCCUGCCAGCCCCCAGCCAGGGCGUUUGCAAAGCCCUUUUCUCUCUAAGCAAACAUGUGAGCCUGAGGCGUCCCGCUCGCCCCUGCGUCAAGCCUCCCCACUCUCUGCAGGCUCUGCCUCUCCUGUCCCUACUGCAGAACCCAGUGUGGAUGAGCUCGUUGUGGAUGAGUCAUCCCAGUCUGAGUGCUUGGAUGAGCAGGAUGCAACCCCUAUUCAGGAUGCAGUCCCUGAGGAACAGUGGCAAGAUGAAGUGAAGGCACCAGCUCCUCCCACUCAGCACAACCAUCCCACAGAGCCAGCCCAAAAUGAUCUCUAUGAGGAGCCCCCACAGGUGGAAGAGAACACAUUUGAGGUGCCUGCAGGGGAGAAGACGGACCGAGGUGUCUGUGCCAGGGCUCUAUACGACUACCAGGCUGCUGAUGACACCGAGAUCUCCUUCGAUCCUGAUGACAUCAUUACUGGCAUCGAGAUGAUUGACGAGGGCUGGUGGCGGGGCUACAGCCCAGACGGGCAUUUUGGAAUGUUCCCAGCCAAUUACGUGGAGGUUAUUUAGGUCCAUACCUCGCCCACUCACUAGAUCAGCAUAUUGGAGGCAGAAUAGAAAAGAUCCCCCCCAGAAGAAUUUGGCAGUAGGAAAACUGCUAGGGUCCAGAACACAGCAGGUCAGAAGUAACUCAACAGUGAACCCUUUAGAAUAGUUUGCUGAACUGGAUCUGCCACAUUAAGGACCAAUAUAUGAACAAUAACCAUGGGACCAGGGGUUGCACAAAUCUAUCCCUGUUGAAGGAAGCAAUUCAAUUAUGUUGUUGAUGUUGUGAGCCCUUAGAUGGCAUAGUUUAGGUUUUGAUGAAAACCCAUAUAUUGGCCAACCCCAAACUGAAUCUCUCACCUUUUAAUGUGAUGCAGUAAAUUGUCAGGCUUUUUAGAUUUUUCAAUUCAAGUUUCCAUUGCGAACAUUAAUAGCACAUUCCUUAUAAAGUGAAUCCAGUUUUGUUCCAGAUAUACUAUUUUUGUUAUUUGUAGCAUUCACUCCUGUUGGGUUCAGGAUAAUAUUUCAUCGCUCACAUAAUGGUACCAACUAUGAUCUUUGGCCUUUUUUGCCUUUUCCUCAGACUAAUAUUUUAUGUGAGUAUUUCUUUGUCAGAAAUUUGUUUGCUUGAAAGGAAUCCUGUGUGAAUUUCCAACAGUAGUUUGGUAUUGCAGUGGAAUUGAAUAUUUGCUAUGCUCUCUGGGUGGCUGAACUCGAGGGAAAAUAGGGGUGUAAAUAAUGACACAAUCAUAUUCUUGUGAAAUAUUUUUUUUUUUUUAAAUACAGCUGAAGUCCUGAAGUCUACAUACACUUAGGUUGGAGUCAUUAAAACUUGUUUUUCAACAUCUCCACAAAUUUC